AUGGCCCCUGCCCCCAUCGACCCCCGCAUUGUAGACGUUGCACCACCGAGAAAAGACACCCUCGGUCUACCAGCAUCCGCAAGAGAGCGUUUGGAGAAGUCCGGUGUUGAUCUUAGUGCUGGAUAUCCGUAUCGACCUUCGCGUCCUCUGUAUUUGGAUGAUGUCUACAAUGUGCGAAAUUAUGACCGCGAGCAUGUAGACCCUGGACGCCGCGCCGAUCCUGAUAAAAAGGCACUUUUAUCAGCGGCUAAGGAAGUCAUUCCUUUAACAAGACACAUCGGUACUGAGAUUGUUGGUCUACAACUGAAGGAUCUUACAGACCAACAGAAAGAUGAGCUAGGCCUCCUCAUCGCCGAACGAAGCGUUGUUUUCUUCCGAGACCAAGACAUCUCCCCCCAGCAGCAAAAGGAUUUGGGUGAAUACUUUGGCGAAGUUGAAAUCCAUCCACAAGUCCCUCAGGUCCCCGGAGUCCCCGGCGUCUCUGUAAUUUGGCCCGCACUGCAAGCCACCGAGGUACCAGCCAGCUUCCGUCGACCAGGUGGUUCCUCACGGUGGCACAGUGACCUGGUUCACGAAAGACAGCCGGCUGGUGUAACACACCUUCAUAAUGACACCGUCCCAACCGUGGGAGGGGAUACCCUCUGGGCAAGUGGGUAUGCUGCAUACGAAAAACUCUCCCCAGAAUUUCGCAAGUUCAUUGAUGGCAAGACUGCCAUCUAUCGAUCUGCUCACCCAUACCUUGAGCGGGGCAGUCCCGAGGCAGGGCCCAAGUAUGUGCAGCGUGAACAUCCCUUGGUCCGCGUUCACCCCGCGACGGGGUGGAAGGCGCUCUGGGUCAACAGAGCCAUGACCGAACGAAUUGUUGGAUUGGAUAAAGCUGAGAGUGAUCUUAUUUUGGGAUAUUUGAACGAUGUCUAUGAAAAGAACCCUGAUAUCCAGGUUCGCUUCAAGUGGAGUCCACGAACCAGCGCUCUCUGGGACAAUCGAAUUACCAUCCACAACGCCAGUUGGGACUAUGAGGGCUCUCAGCCACGACAUGGUACUCGAGUCACCUCUUUAGCAGAGAAGCCGUUCUUUAAUGGCACUGCCCCAACCAGGAGAGAGGCGUUGGGAUUAUUGGGACCAGAGGAAAUUGAGGAGUUGACGAAUUUGAAGAAAUUGAGCCUGCAGUGA